AUGGAAAGCGAACUAAGCGUACCUCCACUUAAUAUUAGAAGACUAUAUCUAGCUUAUAAAUAUGUUUUAAAAGCCAGCUCUUUUUCGAAUAAUGUUACAAUUAAUUUGUUAAAGCAACUUAGCACUCUCUGUGAAACAAGAUAUUGGCAACGCAAGAAAAUCCCACUAUUAGUUAAAUCUUAUAAUAAGACUAAAAUUAUGAAUAUACAAUCAUCCCCUUUUCUCGAAUCAUUUUCGCUUAGCACAUGGUUGUCCCGCAUUGAUAUUGAAAAUAUAUUAUUAAGUAAAUUAGAGUCUGUAAAACAAUCCAAAAAAUUAUAUGAAAAAAAUUCUCUUAAACUAAAUAUUAUUGAAGAAUUUGAAAAUAAAUACCACGAUUGGCAUAAAAUCUACACAGACGGAUCAAAGAGUGCUAAGUUUUUCGAGCUCGCUUCGAGAGCAGCUUUUUUCGACUCAUCUCGAGCAAUCUCUAGAUGUUAUAAAGUUACUAAUGACGUUUGUAUUAUGACCCUUGAACUCAUUGCAAUAUCCGAAGCCCUAAGGUAUGCCGCAAGCUAUAACUGGAACAAAAUUAUUGUAUACUCGGACAGCAAAACUGCUAUCCAACAUUUGGCUCGAUCCGCCUCUGGAAUCAGAGGUGUUUCGAUAGCCUACACCAUACUUUCUCAACUAUAUGAGUUCAGUCUACGCGAUAUCUGUGCAAGAGUGCAAUGGAUUCCAUCACACAUUGGUCUAUUGGGUAAUGAGGAGGCAGAUAGAUUAGCGAAUUCUGCUUGUGUAAAUGGUGUAGAGUAUAAUAUUAACCCCUGUUACUCAGAAUUCUUCGUAAAAUGUGGCGCUAAGACAUGUUUAAUAACUUCUAUUCACUUGGUACGAUGCGUUUAUAAGCCGUCUAGGGCUUGGAAAUCUGGGAAAUCACAUUUAACUACCUCUGUUUAA